AGGCAAAUUUGAUCAUUCAUUCAAUGAAAAUAGUUGCCGCCGAUGUUCAAGUGUUUCCAUCCACGAAAACCAAUUACUCGAAUAAAGGCAAGCUAAGGCUACUGACGUAAUAUGAAUUUCUGAAAUCAGAAAUUUACUUUUUACGUCAGACAGUGCCUAUCAUAAAUCACUGAAUUUCGUUAAAGUCAUGAACUAAACUAACUAAAGCAUUAUUUUUUUACAGUAUGGUUAGUUAAUUCAUAGUAGAUACCAAUUACCUACCUACUUACUGAUAAGUGAUAUGUAUUACUAAGUUCUAUUACUUGAUAAGUAUAUUAAUUGGCGACGCAAGGCGCUUCAAAACUUUAAAUAAUACUGUGCUGUUACUUAUAAACUACAUAAAUAAUUGGAUCACUACUUUAUUUAAUGUAACUUUAGAUAUUUUUAGUUGAGAAAGUUCAGUACUUACUUAUUUAUACAAAUUCUUAAAACUAGCAAAGCACCUUAGAUAAACCUACAUAUUUACGGUUUAUUGAAAAUAAAUACAAGAAUGUCUAACUACAAAAAAGUUACACAUGUUCUAUUUGAUAUGGAUGGCCUCAUAUUAAAUACAGAAGAUUUAUACACUGUGGCCUUCCAAAAUAUUGUUUCACGAUAUGGCAAAGACUACACGUUUGAUUUGAAACAGAAGCUCAUGGGCAGUCAGGGACAUGAAACGGCGAAUUUCAUUGUAAGGGCUCUAGAACUACCAAUCACACCAGAUGAAUUUAUAACGGAGACUAAAGAGCAGUUUGAAGCUUUGUUUCCUGAUGCUGCAUUAAUGCCAGGUGCAAGAAGACUUAUAGAGCAUUUACAUAGAAAAGAAAUACCAAUAGGGCUAGCCACAAGUUCGAGUGAGGAGAGUUACCAUUUGAAAGUAGAUAAACACCAUCAAGAAUUAUUUGCUUUAUUCCCCUAUAAAACAUUUGGUUCUUCGGAUCCCAAUGUAAAAAGAGGAAAGCCGCAUCCAGAUAUAUUUUUGGUUGCUGCUGAAAAAUUCCCAGAUAAUCCAAAACCUGAACAGUGCUUAGUUUUUGAAGAUGCUGUGAAUGGUGUAAAGGCUGCGAGAGCGGCGGGCAUGCAAGUUGUCAUGGUACCCGAUCCAAGAGUCGACAAAAGUUUAACUGAAGAAGCAACAGUUGUCUUAAAGAGCUUAACAGAUUUUGAACCAAAACUCUUUGGUUUACCUCCGUUUGAAGAUUGAAUAUGAUCCUGUUAAGUGAAAUACCAUUUCAAUUGUGAUUAAAGAUGUACAAAAUUG